GGGCAGCGGGUGCGGGCAGUGGGUUCAGGCAGCGGGUACGGGCAGGUGCGGCCGGGAGCGCUGCUCGCCGUGGCUCUGUAACAGGGUGAUCCCAGCAGCACGGCCGUAGAGCUGCUGUCCCGUGGUCGCACUUUGCUCCGACGCCUCGCUUUUCGGGCUGGGAGGUGGCUCGGAGCGAGGUACUGUCUGUUGGGGAAACUGGGGGCUGGGGACACUUUAGGAGUAGGGGUGAGACCCCUUGUAAAGGAUCAGCCCUGACCGUGGCUCGGUUCCUGACCGAAAGCCAGCGAGCGCCUGUUCUCCGCUGCUCCCCUGGGCGCUGGGCCUGGCUGGUCACCCUGCCCGGGCCAGGCAUCGCCCAGCAGCCACAGGGAAUGCUUCCAGAAAUACGUCCCAAUUUAAAUGAAGAGUAUCGGAAAAUGGUUUUCUGCCGUACCCGCUGAGGGAUCCUCACGUUUCACAGAAACACGGCUAUCGCCAUAGUCGCAGUGCCCUUGCUACAUCCUGACGGGGCUAACGCAACUCUUCUGCGCUGACUAGGGUGAAACUUCAUGGAUGUGGCUUCACAUACCUGAAAUUUUUUUUCCUCUUUGGAAAAUCUGGGCAAAGAUAAUUAGAGCUGAAGUCUGUUGUGAAUAAUAAAGCUCCACAGGUCGAUGGAGUGCUCAAGAUGUGGACAGAAUGGCUGGGGAAAGGGAGAAAUUUAGCUGUUUAUCAUGGCAGAAUGUGGUAGGAAAAACAUUUGCAAUUGGUUCUGCAGUUGUGUGUAUGUUAUUUUCAUUUUUAUUUAUGUGAAUACAUGCACAGAGAAGAGCAUGAUUUUACUACUGUGUCUACCUUCCAUAGAAAUGGAAAUUUUCCAUUGUGAAAAGUGAGAGAUGAGGGAGUGUCCUCAAAGGCGUGUGUAUGGUUUUACACAAGGCUGUAUAUAUGUUUGCAAGUCUUCUGUUGACAAAAGGGCAAAUUAUAAAUUUAAAUAGAUAGAAAGAACACUAAAAUUAUAGAAAAGCAGCAUCCUGGAAGACUUUCUCUCAGGAUGUGGUAAAAUACUACUUCUGUAUCUGCUAAAUCUACUGGGGGGGAAGAAACUUUUUGAGAGAGCUCUUGUGAGACAGGCCACUAGAGCAAAUGGUGUAAGAGAACAGAGUUCAUGAAAAAGCAGUGAUUUAGAGAAGUCAUUAAGAAAAUACCUGCUCAUAAGUGGAGUGUAUUCAAUCCUGUUUUAUCUUUAAAUUGUAUCUGUUACCAUAUUUUCCUCUUAUUUAAAAUUAAAAAUUAUGAAUUUUUAAGAGUGAAUAAUGGAAAAAGUUGUGGGUUUUGUACAAACACAUAUAACCUACCUCCUGAGAUUUUAAUGUUUUGUGUAUUUCUGUGGUCAGGAUUCUUUCAAGGACUCAUCCCAUCUUAGAGCUAGGCAAGACAAGACCUGCCUGGUAAUUUGAGUGGAGAUUUGCAAGGAGGGAGGAGGAAAGAGAAAGGGAAGAAGGGAAGCAAGCACUGCAAGAAGCAGUGUGGAUGACUCAAUACAUGGCACACUUCUGAGUCAGUCUGGGGAACAUGACAUCAAAAACACUGUUUUCAUGUAACAUUGCAACAGCAUUUCUGUCUUUAAUUGUUGCAAAAAAAUGUGAAGCCUAUGAUGUGAUGUCGAAGCAAAUUCUUGUGCCUGAUGGGCAGCCUCUUGCUAUUAAAUGUUCACUGGAAAAGAGCUUGAAAAGUGGAGACUACAACUUAACAUGGUAUAAAGUUGGUAACCAAAGAGCUGUGCCUAGAGACAAACUGUCUAGAGUUCAUCAGCAGAAGAAUCUAAUUUGGUUUCUUCCUGCAAUGUUAGAAGAUUCUGGAGAUUAUGAAUGUGUCAUAAGGAAUUUGACAAGCUGCAAGAAAAUGUGUACAAAAGUAACAGUUUUUGAGAGGAUUGAUGGUUUGUGCUUAAAUGAAAAAUUUGCUGUGGAGGAGGUGAUAUUCACAUCAUCUUCUGCAAAGGUCGUGUGUCCCCACUUGGAUUAUUUCAGGAAAGAGAAGACUAUUCAGCCUGUUCGUUGGUAUAAGGACUGCCAGCUGCUGAAAGGAAAAAGGUUUGCCAUUUCAAACAGUGACCUUAUAAUUUUCAAUGUGACUGUACAUGAUGGAGGAAACUAUACGUGUGAAACAACAUAUACCUACAAUGGGAAACAAUAUAACAUUUCACGAGACAUCAGUCUGGUUGUAGAAGUGACUCCACCAAAAAAACCUCCAGAAAUAACCUACCCAAGAAACAACUCCAUUGAAGUGGAACUUGGCUCACAGGUUACUGUGGAUUGCAACACCACAGGUGCUGAUGGGUAUGAGGUGUACUGGACAGGCAACGGUAUUGAUGUAUUUUAUAUGAGCAGAAUUUUUGCAAGUUCCUAUGAGGAAGAAACUUCUCAUGACGGGCGCCCUAUGCAUUCUGUGAAGCUAAUAAUUUCAGAAGUAAGCAGUGAAGAUUAUGAACAGCCUUUUGUCUGUCAAGCUUCAAAUGCCUUUGGGCAAGUUGCAUCCUAUAUUAUAUUAAAACACAGAGUCCCUGACAUACGAAGAUGGCUGACUGGAGGGCUUGUCUCUUUGUUAAUUUUAACAUUUAUUACUUUAAUAAUUUACAAGAUUUUCAAGAUUGAUUUGGUGCUUUGGUGCCGUAAUUCUGUCUGUGCCCUUACAAGUGAGGAAGAUGGGAAAGUCUAUGAUGCAUAUGUCCUGUACACAAAAAGCAAUGAAGGCAGAAGUAUAUGUUGUCUGGAAACCUUUGUUCGUAGGACACUCCCAGAUGUUUUAGAAAAACAAUGUGGAUAUAACCUUUUCAUAUUAGGAAGGGAUGAUUUACCAGGGGAAGCUGUGGUCAGUGUUGCUGAUGAAACCCUUAAGCAAAGCAGAAGACUGAUGAUUAUUUUGGGAUCAGAAACACCUAGCUGCUGCCUGUUGGAAGACACCUCUGAGCAACAACUAGCUAUGUAUAAUGCUCUCAUCCGUGAUGGGAUUCAAGUGAUUCUUAUAGAAAUAGGUGAAAUACGGGACUACACAAGCAUGCCAGAAUCAAUCAGAUACAUUAGGCAAAAACAUGGAGCUAUUCGAUGGAAAGGGGACUUCUCAGAGAAAUCUUGUUCAGCAAACUCAAGAUUCUGGAAGAAUGUGCGCUACCAAAUGCCAUCCAGGAAAAAGGGAUCUUAUUCUGAAAUGCAUUUGUUGCCCCUAACGUCGAACAGUUCUGCAGCAAAGGAAAGUUAAGAAGCACUUAUUUAAGUGAUACUAAGAAGGUAAUUCUAAGUUGGGAUGUUUCUUGCAUAUUCUUUUUACUACAAAGUAGAUGCUUUGUUUGAGGAGUAGAAACUGCUCAUCCCUUCAAUAAACUGCACCCUAAAAGAAAAAACUCUGUGCAACUUUAUUUCUGUACAGGUUUUGGAUAGUGACACAAUUUGUUGUGUUAGUCUCCAUCAAAUAUUAUAAGUAAACAUGGUGAUGAUGAUACACUAUUAAGUAGCCGUGGUCCACAUAAAUGUUGUGUGAAGAAACAGCUGUGAAUUCCAUUUUUUAAAAAUCAAAACUGCAGUUGAUAAAUUAAAAGUCUGUUUCUAUCAUCAGCAUUUUCCUAGUCAUUCUGUUCCAAUUCUUGCUGUCUCUCCAUGAUUGUCUGAUUUCCUUAUUGCUGCAAGAAUCUGCUCUGUGCAAGCUUUGUCUGCUGAGCAACAGACCUUACUUACCCUUGCUUCUUGAAAGGAUUGGGAAAAUACAUGACAUAGCAGGUAUAUUGAAAACUCAUCACAACAUUAAAUGUGUUUCUGCUGAACAGUUGGUGCUAAACGUGUUCAGCAAAUGGAAGGGAAUGAAAUCUGUGGAUUUUUAGAGUGUUGAACAAUUCUGUGAUAUCUGGUGUAUGUUUACUUUUUAAACAUAGUCUCUAAUGCUUAGGAAACUGAAAAUAGUUUGUAUUUCUUGAGAACAGGAAGCUUUUUCGACUGUGCUGCUACUCUGGAAACCAGAUGUUCUCGUGCUGUGUCUCAGCUGUGCUAACUACAUGCACAGAAAUGCACUGAGAAUCUAUCAAAGAACUGUGCUUGGGCUGGGUACCCUGCAGAGUGGAAAGUGGCCAGUUCUGAAACAUGACCAAAUUCCAAUGGCAAGAAAUGGUAUCUCAUCUACUUGUGAAAGAAAAAGUUAGAGGCAUGUGGCUAUAUCAAGCUGCUUGAGAGUAGCUUGGUAUUUCUGGAUCCCAAUCCACUUUUGGUGACUCCUUCAUCCCCAGGAGUGAGAAAAUGGCAUGCUGCUUCCUUUUCAAGGUGGUCUGAAGCAGUAGGGUUUUCAGGCUCCAGGCUUGAAGAACAUAAUCUAAAUGCAAAUAUGAAUUUUGUUUGCUUUUAAAAAAUUAUUUUCUGAAGUUAUGUAGGUUCUAACAUCAUGUUUAUUGCCAGGAUAGCAUCUGUUGAUGAAUUUCUUUCAGUUGAUUCACAGAGGUAUGUCUGUCUAGAUUCUAUUCUUUAUGGGCUGUAUUGAUGGGAGAGAAAGCAAAAUCUAGGAGUGGAAAUAUAUAAUCAAAAGGAAAGAUUUCAAAUAGCAUUUCAUGGUACUUUUUUUUCCUUGUAAAGGUGUAGUAAAUACUCCUUAGAAGCAAUGUCUCAUUCUCCUGGCUGUGGGGCUCACAACUGUGUAAUUUUCCACAGCCUUCACUGACUACGGACUUCUUCUGAGGUGUCACCAGGAAAACUGGGAACAGGGUAGAUCCAUCAGAUAAGGCACUAUUCUCCUACUAGAUGUUGAAUCCAUGUUCUUUAGAAAGGCAUAAUAUUUAGGCUGGAACCUUUAAAAAAUAAAUUUAAGGACUUGGAGAAUUCAGGUAAUCAUAACUGUCAAUUUUUUACAUUGUGUUUAGAUGUAGCUUGCUCAAAAAAGUAUUCAAAAUAAGUUUCUUUCCUUCCUUUUUAAAAUUUAUGCUUAAAAACAGAAUUUUCUUAUUUUCCAUGCAGAAGGAGAAAAAUAAUAUGGGAAAGAUGUUGAAACUGUGGUCGAUUUUUUCAGCUUCCUUAUUUCAUAUGCUUUGAAAUUAAAAAAACCAAACAAACUAAUGACUAGGAAUUGCAGUACUACAUAACAAUAAAUUGAUUUGCAAUUUG